GCCAGCCUCGCGCUCAGCACACGAGAUAUGCACACAUGCAAGAUAUAACUUGUGUUUGCGUGGAACUUCACGUCUGUUGGGUAGAAGAGUCCAAGUCAAGGAUUAAGAGCUGUGUGGUGGGGAUGAGGUAGGGAAUGGGAGUGUGGGUGGGUGGGUGGUCAGACCUUAGGGCUGAAUCAUCCGACUGGAGAAGGUGGGAUAGGCAGAUUGGGCUGUGGUAAGGACAUACAGGGCAGUCUGUCUGUCUGGGCAUUGGAGGAGCUGUGGAGGCACUGAUUGGUUUUAAGUUGAAGAAGGAUGUGACAGGAUGGUUUUAAGUUGAAGAAGGAUGUGACAGGAAUCCUAGUUUGGUGGGGUCCCUUGGUGCUGUCCCUUGGCUACCAUGGGAAGGUGGUUCUAGGCAGGGCCAAACUAAAGGCAAAGGAGCUAGGAAAAGACAUAAACAUUUGCCGGAGAAAGAUCACGAGAGCUCCAGCUGAGAAGUGCCAGUGGCAAGGAAUAAAUAUAGUGGAUUUCAGAUAUUUUAGAUUCUUUAAGAAGUGCAAUCCUGGUUAUUUGAUAGAUUUUUAGGUUGAAGAAAGCAUACCGUCCCAGGUGACUCCCAGGUUUGACUUGACUGGCAGAAGAGGCUCUGCAAAUUACCUGUCUGUCACCCCCAUCUCAGAAGGACAGAUCCCACAGCUGCAACUGCCUUCAUGUGGUGGAGCCCAUGCCAGUGCCUGGCCACGAUGUGGAAGCCUACUGCCUGCUCUGCGAGUGUAGGUACGAGGAGCGCAGCACCACAACCAUCAAGGUCAUUAUCGUCAUCUACCUGUCUGUGGUGGGGGCCCUCUUACUCUACAUGGCCUUCCUGAUGCUGGUGGACCCUCUCAUCCGAAAGCCAGAUGCCUAUACCGAGCAGCUGCACAAUGAGGAGGAGAAUGAGGAUGCCCGUUCCAUGGCAGCAGCCGCUGCAUCCAUCGGAGGACCCCGAGCAAACACUGUCCUGGAGCGCGUGGAAGGUGCUCAGCAGCGAUGGAAGCUGCAGGUGCAGGAGCAGCGAAAGACCGUCUUCGACCGACACAAGAUGCUCAGUUAGAUGGUUGCCAUGGCUACCAGCCUCCGGGGCUCACCACAGUCUUCCCUGGGUCUUCCGUUCAAAUGCCCAUGGCAGCUGCCCUUCUCCCUCUCUAGAAAUGUACUCGACUGUUAGAACUAGGGACUGUGACUGGGUCUCUGGGGGUAGAGGGGAGGGAGGGGAACGGAAGGCGGAAGGGAACAGAGACAUUUGAGGUGGCCACAUGAUUGGGUGGAAUUCAUCCCUCCUGUCUUCGCCACUCCUCCCAGCUCCACAUCUUAAGGAUGCUCCAUGCUCUGGGAGAUGGAGCUGUGUCCUCAAGAGCCUGGUGGGUGCAAGGAAAGUAUGACCCAGCACUCAGCCUGUGCUCUAGGAUGCUGUGCUCCCCAUUCCCACUUCUUCCAGUGCCAGUACUUUAGCUUGGCCUGGCCCCAGCCUCAGGAACUGUUGUGGUGCCACUGGGCCCAUGGUUGUCUCCAGAGGCCACCUGGAAGCCUGCUCCCCUCUCCUCUGCUCCUGGUCCACCGAUGCAUGGCAGUGCCGGCAUACUCAGCAGCUGUCACCUUACUCCCAUCCCAGGAGGCUGUGACACCUCCCACCUCUCCCCCGUGACUGCAGCUGCUGAGCCAUAAAGUUGGACCAUAUGACACAAGGCUGACAGGGGACCUGAGUACCAUGGCUCCUGUCCUUGGAUGGCCUCUUGUCCCUGAAUUUCAUUGUACCAUGCAUGGAAAGAAGUGUUUGUCUUUCUGUUGUCUGUACAUCAAAGAAGCCAUUAAACUGUUUUAUUUCUCAAA